UCCUUCUCUUAUAUAACCACAUACGAGUCCUCUGUCCAUCUUCACCUCUUUAUUGUUUUAUGAUGGAAACCUUCCCAACAUUUUAUUCUUCUUCUUCAACAACGCCACCUGCUGCUGCUGCUUCUCUGUCAUUGAACAUGGUGAACAGUCAUUCUCACCAUGCUUAUAGUAAUGAUCAGUACCGAGCUAGCAACAAUAAGUCAAAUGGGUUCUUGGGGCUGAUGUCAGAGAUGGAGGUUUCGAACAGUAUCAACAGCAUGAGCAGUACUAUUACUCAGCAGAGCAUGAAAAGCUUCGGGGAGGGUGAAAGUAAUACAGCAGAAAGAUUAGGGAUGAAGAAGGGAGAUAAGAAGAUCAGGAAGCCGAGAUAUGCGUUUCAGACGAGAAGCCAAGUCGAUAUACUUGACGAUGGAUAUAGGUGGAGAAAGUAUGGCCAAAAAGCAGUCAAGAACAACAAGUUCCCAAGGAAUUUAGCUUGCCUUUAUCGAUCACGCACAUGGAUCGGAUUAGCCAAUGGAGCUCGUCGUCGGAGUCAAGCAUGGCUAGCUUGAUUGCCCUGCAUUCUGAUAGAUGACUGCUGCUGAUAAUUAGUCAAUUGUAUACUCAAUAUCUAUAUAUCAUAAUUAAUUGAGAUGUUAAAUAACAUUAGGGCAACACACAGAUCGCUGGAUUUAUAUAUCCUUACAUAUGUUCGGGAAAUUAGUACUGAACUUUUAACUUCGCCUUCUAGAAGGCUUUAUAUAAAAUGCAUGCCUUGAUCAGUAUUAUUCAAACAUUCAUAUAAGUUAAUUAAUUAAUCUGCAUGCAUUGAUAUACCUAAUACAGUAAAACCUCUAUAAAAUGAAUAAUGUCAUGACCGAAAGAAAAUUAUUAUUUUAGUGGGAUUAUUAUAUUAUUAAUAAAUGAAUAAUUUAUUCAUUUUAUUAAUAAAUUAUUAUUUUACAUAGAGUCUUGUUGUUAUUUUAUAGGGAGUUUAAUUAGUCACCUUUAGUCCCACAGUCUUACUAUUAUGUAU